ACACAAUGGCAGCUCCGUCAAUGCAAGCGACAGCGAUACCGCGAUUUCUUCUGCCCCAGCUUUCCUGGUCCGCGAGAGCUUCGCAGCCAGUAGCGUUUGGCGCAAUAGAAGCCAGGCGACACUUGCAUAGGUCGUACCCUACCUCCGAGCAUCGCACCGUACUUCCGAAAGCCUCGCCGUCCCAAGCCCAAGCAGCACCAACAAGACAAUGGCGGCAACCUUCACGAACAUGUGUAUCUGCGUAUGCCCCGGCCUUGGGACUUGGGCGCAACUUCAGCGCAACUGCGCGACAGCCCAAGGACCACCAUUUUGACACGCUGAAGUUUGUGCAGCGGUUGCAAGAGGAGGGCUUUACCGAGGAGCAAGCAGAAGGCAUGAUGAGGGUUCUCAGUGAUGUAAUUGAGGAGAGCAUACAAAACCUCACGCGCACUAUGGUCCUGCGUGAAGACCAGGAGAAGGCCACGUACACGCAGAAAGUCGACUUUGCCAAACUCCGCUCCGAACUGAUGACGGCCGACUCGACAGAAUCCAGCCUGACACGCGCAUCGCACGAGCGCCUUACCAACGAGCUUGCGAAACUGAACUCGCGGUUGAGGGAUGAGAUACAGCGGACACAAGCGUCUGUCAGGCUAGAUCUCAACCUGGAAAAGGGACGCAUCAGGGAGGAGGCAAAUGUGCAGGAGCUCAAGUUGAAGGAGACGGACACACGCAUUGAGCAAGAGACGGCGCAGCUGAGGGAGAGAUUAGAGGCCGUCAAGUUCUCGACGCUGCAGUGGCUAAUGGGUGUGUGUACGGGUACUGCGGCGCUGAUGUUGGGUGUCUGGAGAUUGUUGAUGUGAAUUGCAACCGACUUGGCUGAUGCCAGACAUGAAUCGCUUCAGGAGACUAUGAAGGUCGACAUGUCCCUGCGCCGCACCACGCAUGUGCGACAGCGGCCGUCAAUGCCGCUGGCAGGACAUGAGAUAGCAAACUGGCAGAUGGCGCGGGUUUUAGAUAGGACUUGAUAUCGAGGCGUGCAUAUGCAGCAUGUGGAAA